CAACUUACACAUAUAGAAGCAUACCCUUCCUCCUACCUGCAAGCUGCCUCAACCAAGCAGAAACUCCCCAGGGAGAGGGAGAGGGAGAGGGAGGGAGGCACAUCUUCCAAGAUCCGAAAAGGUUGAGAGAUAAAGAAAAGGAGCAGGGACAUGAAUAAUCUUGCACCAGGCUAUCGUUUCUACCCGACAGAAGAAGAAUUAUUGAGUUUUUACCUUCACAACAAGCUCAAAAAAAGGAGAGAAGACAUGGAACGAGUCAUCCCCGUCGCCGAUGUGUACUGCUUCGAUCCAUGGCAGCUCCCUCAAAUCUCUGGAGAGCCAUGCAUUCGAGACUCCGAGCAAUGGUUCUUCUUCUGCCCAAGGCAGGAGAGGGAAGCUCAUGGGGGAAGACCGACUCGGACCACACCUUCGGGCUACUGGAAGGCCACCGGCUCCCCUAGCCUUGUCUACUCCUCCACCCACCGUGUCAUCGGUGUGAAGAAGACCAUGGUGUUUUACCAAGGAAGAGCUCCCACAGGAACCAAAACCAAAUGGAAGAUGAACGAGUACCGGGCAUUUGAAGAAGAUGCAACCAUCACUACAUUAACUGAAAUACCAAAGCUACAAGGCGAAUUUAGCUUGUGUCGAGUCUAUACACGAUCGGGGAGCAUCAGAUCGUUCGAUCGGCGUCCUUCCGUCGCAAUUACAGCCAGUGAGAGUCAAAGGAUGCCUGAAGCAUUGCCGUCCAUGGACACAAGAUUCCUGGCCAAAAGAGCCAGGUCUGAAGGCAGCUCCUCGCCCGAAGACGAUGGCUGCAGCCGAUCGAUGCAUCAUCGAAGAACCAAUGAUCCCAAGGGAAUUGAAGACAAUGAUUGGGAUUUGUUGGAUUGGGUUUGAAGACAGAGAAUCCAGCCUCCCUCUCUCUCCAUAAUUAAUUUAUUUUUUUAUUGAUUAAUUCAAAAAAUAGGUAUUGAUUUCUUAGAAGCUGGCAUCACUAAUUAUGAGGAGAGAAAGGGUAGCAUAAAAGAAUAUGAGAAAAAAGAAAAAAAAGAUGUUCCAACGGGAGAGAGAAUGCUAAGCAGCAACUCCAGUUGUAUGGCAGACACGCCAAACUCGGAUUUGAUUAUUUUUCUUCUAUUGACUAGUAGUAGAAUUAUUUGGCCCUA